AUGCGCAGGCUACGCCCAUCCCUGGCCUUGAUGGCCAAUAUCAUUUAUCUCUUCCCAAUUGUUGCUGGACAUAGUUGGGUUGAGGAGCUCACUGUUAUUGCCAAAAAUGGAACAUUUAUCGGGGAUCCUGGCUUUCCACGGGGAUAUGUCCCCCGCGACAAACCUGGUUUCUCAGACCCCAUGAUGCAAUAUCUGCUCCCGUUACCUCCAGCCAGCCGCCCAGGUCCACCUCCUCCAGGACCACCAAAGAUCUUACCGACUGAUAAUAUUUGCAAGGACACUCAAAUGAAACAAGUCCAAACUGAUGGGAAACCACGUCUCAAGGCGCCACCUGGCUCCCCCGUCGCUUUGAGAUACCAGGAAAACGGUCAUGUAACAAUCCCCUCGAAUACUCCGGGAAAGCCAGAGAACCGCGGCACAGUAUAUGUGUACGGCACCACAGACCCCAAACCUGACGAUAAGUUCACUUCAAUCCACAAAGUUUGGACUCAGGAUGGCACGGGUGGUGAUCGUAGGGGCAUGCUUCUUUCGGUGCAGAAUUAUGAUGAUGGCAGAUGCUAUCAAAUAAACGACCACAAGAUUUCCAAGGAACGUCAAAAGCAGUUUCCUCAUGAAAACGAUACACCACAGGGACAAAAUCUGUGGUGCCAGCAUGACUUAGCCCUACCCAAGAAUGCCCCUGAAGGAAAACCCUAUACGUUGUACUGGGUGUGGGAUUGGCCAACCAUCGCUGAUGAAAAGAACGGCAUUGCCGGCCACCAGGAGAUAUACACCACCUGCAUGGAUAUCGAUAUCACGUCUGCAAGUAAACUUAAGGUGGUAGCCCAGGGAGAGCCGUCUACGUUGAAAUUUGCUGAAGGCCAGGAUUUGGGCUCUGCUGCUAUACCCACCCAAUUCGAGAACCUGCAAGCCCCAACGAUUCCAGGUGAUCUGGGUUCGGGUUAUUCUCCACCACCGUCCACGCCUUCUACAGCAGCAUCACAGGAGCCUCUGCCGACUAGUGGAAAACCAGUUCCAUCACCAUCAUCAGCAUCGGAGCCGGAGACGAGGCCAGAUCCGGCGGGUGAUUGUGGUUACCCGCCCGUGCCUGUUGCAGCAACCCAAGUACCAGACACAUCCCCUUCAGAUACCUUGCCCGCUAUAGUCCCUUUAAUUCCCUCUACGCCGGUAUCGGGAAGUUCCUUAGUGCCCAUGCUUACAGCGUCUCCUGAGCCGUCCACCACCGACAACAAAGGCGGGAAUGUAUUUACCAUCAUCCCAGGAACUUUAGUUCUCCCAACAGAAAGUACUUUUGCCACCCUAAGCCCUACGCCUACAGCAUCCCCUGCACAACCUUUUACCAACUCAGGCAGCGGGCAAAAGUCGGUUACUUCCCUUAUCUUUCCCUCCCCUGAAGGAGAUGCUUCCCCUAGCCCGUCAGGGGGUCCUUUGUUUCUUACUAUACUAGGGUCGGGUCCAGCGACCGCAGUCACAGCUACUUCCCCAUCAGUAUCGCUUAGUGAUGUUGUGACUCCCAACCCACCCUCUACUCUGGGAUCAAGUCCUACACCCAGUUACGAUGGUGGACCAGGGUUCGCACCCUUAACUCUAGACCCAGACGGAAACUUGCCCGAUCCCUCACCAAGCACCACAGAAAUAGCAGCCACAACUCCUACCAAUCCUACAACCUUGGAUUAUCCUGAAGAUUCUUCGCAGACCCCUCAGCCAACGAGAUCCGAUCCAGAAUCGAAUCCCCCGGCCAUCAUCCCAUUACUGCCCAACCGACCCAGCAAUAGCUUCCCUGCUUCUAAUUCACCGUCUAACGUUCUACCAACCGUAGCAGAAUCGCCGACAUCCACGCAGCCCCAGUUUCUUGUGUCUACGGUUACAGUAACGGCCAUUAAGACCGUCUACCCCACAUCUCCGCCUGAUAGCCCUCUUCCUACUCCUCCUACUCCCACCCCUACUGCGCAUGCGCAGGCACAGGGGCAAGCAAAAGCUCAAACAGCACCCACGGCCAUUUCCCCAUCGUCUGGGUUUAUAGUAUCGAUUCGACCCUCUGCACCCUCACCUCCUCCCUCGCCAUCGCUUCAGGCAGCGGAGCUUCCACCGCGAGAAUCGCCCGAACCAGACUGUGUCUCCGAUCACGACAACGGCUCCUUCCCCCCUCCUACUCCAACACUGGCGUUGGAAUCUGCUCCCCCUCCCCCUCCCCCUUCACAGCCAUCUCCUUCCGGCCCCAGAAAAAGGGCUUUUCGGACCUUGAGUUCCCGCUUUCGAAAGAACUUGGCUGAGAUUCGUGCGGGUAGUCGGGUGGUAUGA